CACUUACAACACUUUUUUGCUGUCUAACACUGGAAUAUUAACUGUGCUACAAAUUUUGAACCAAAGAUAACUGAAGAUUUAGUACAACUUUAGAUCAACGCCUGCAGCAGAGUCGUAAGUGAGCUAAAGCUUAAAUUCACAGCAACAACAGAGAGCGGUAACCAGACUGCGAUCCGCUCGCUAGCGAGAUAGACAGAGAGUGAGUGAGUGUGCCUGUGAGAGCGAGAGAGACAGAAGACAGCUUCAAAGUGGCGCUCCAUUCAACAGAAGCCUUAAUGGCGGCGGGAUUUCUUAAAUCCGGAGAUUUGGGACCGCAUCCGCAUAGCUAUGGCGGACCCCAUCCGCAUCAUUCGGUGCCGCAUGGUCCAUUGCCGCCGGGCAUGCCGAUGCCAUCAUUGGGUCCCUUCGGCCUGCCACAUGGUCUGGAGGCUGUUGGGUUCUCCCAAGGUAUGUGGGGUGUAAACACAAGAAAACAGCGUCGUGAACGCACCACAUUCACACGUGCCCAGCUCGAUGUGCUGGAGGCGCUUUUUGGCAAGACACGUUAUCCGGACAUUUUUAUGCGCGAGGAAGUCGCACUCAAGAUUAAUCUGCCCGAGUCGCGAGUACAGGUUUGGUUCAAGAAUCGUCGCGCCAAGUGCCGGCAACAGUUGCAGCAGCAGCAGCAAUCGAACAGUUUAAGCAAUUCAAAAAAUGCCAGCGGCAGCAACAGUUGCAGCAGCGGCAGCCGCAACAACAACAACAGCAGCAACAACAACAGCAACAGCAACAACAACAACAGCAACAGUACAAGUGGCAACAGCACGAGUGGCAACAAUGGCGCCAAUAAAUCAAGUCAAAACAAAAGUGGCAACAAUAAUGCAAAUGCCAGCGGCGGCAACGGCAACGGCAGCGGCAGCAGCAGCUCAACAGCGGCAGCGGUAAGCGCAGCGGCUGUGGCAGCAGCGCAAUCGAUAAAAUCACAUCACAGUUCCUUCCUCAACGCCAACAACAGCAACAACAACAACAACAGCAGCAGCAAUGCAAGCAACAACAACAACAACAGCAACACAACGUCUGGCGGCGGCAGCAGCAACAUUUCGGCAGCAGCAGCCGCAGCAGCUUUAAAUGUAACAGCAGCGCAUCAGAAUUCGUCGCCGCUGCUGCCGACGCCAGCAACAUCGGUGAGUCCGGUGAGCAUUGUGUGCAAGAAGGAGCAUUUGGGUGGCGGCUAUGGCAAUGUGGGUGUGCCCAAUAGCGUGGGCGUGGGUGUGGGCGUGGGCGUGGGCGUGGGCGGCCUUGGCUUGUCCGGCGAGGCGCUGCGUUCGCCCUACGAUACGCUGAAGGAGGCGGGCGGCGAUAUUGGCGCUGCGGCGCAUCAUCAUCACAGCAUCUAUGGCAGCGCUGCCGGCAGCAAUCCGCGCCUGCUGCAGCCCGGCGGCAACAUCACGCCCAUGGACAGCAGCAGCAGCAUCACGACACCCUCUCCGCCCAUAACGCCCAUGUCGCCCCAAUCGGCAGCAGCGGCGGCACACGCUGCGCAGUCCGCACAGUCCGCCUCAGCAACGGCGCAUCAUUCGGCCCACUCGGCCUACAUGUCGAAUCACGAUUCGUACAAUUUCUGGCAUAAUCAGUAUCAGCAAUAUCCGAAUAACUAUGCACAGGCGCCCAGCUACUAUUCGCAAAUGGAAUACUUUAGCAAUCAGAAUCAGGUCAACUAUAAUAUGGGCCACUCCGGCUAUACGGCCAGCAACUUUGGCCUGUCGCCGUCGCCCUCGUUCACGGGCAGCGUAAGCGCGCAGGCUUUCUCACAGAAUAGCUUGGACUACAUGUCGCCGCAGGAUAAAUAUGCGAACAUGGUGUAGAAUCUGUUGUUCCAAUGCUGCGGCAGCAGCAGCAAUCGCGGUGGCGGCAGCGCCAGCGGCAGCGGCAGCACAGCAGACAGCAGCA